CUAGGGUUUUGGCAUAUGCUCGUUUAUAAGGCACAAGAAACCCUAGCCGCAUAUAUUGUGACCUCCCUCGAGACGAAAAUGGUUACUUUCAGGUUUCACCAGUACCAGGUUGUCGGAAGAGCUCUCCCGACAGAGAAGGAUGUUCAACCUAAGAUUUACCGGAUGAAGCUCUGGGCAACGAACGAGGUUCGCGCCAAGUCCAAGUUCUGGUAUUUCUUGAGGAAGUUGAAGAAAGUUAAGAAGAGCAAUGGUCAGAUGCUUGCCAUCAACGAGAUCUUCGAGAAGAACCCGACAACCAUCAAGAAUUUUGGAAUCUGGUUGAGGUACCAGAGCAGAACCGGAUACCACAACAUGUACAAGGAGUUCCGCGACACUACCUUGAACGGAGCUGUGGAACAGAUGUACACAGAGAUGGCAUCCCGACACCGUGUCAGGUUCCCUUGCAUCCAGAUUAUUAAGACAGCCACUGUCCCUGCCAAGCUGUGCAAGAGGGAGAGCACCAAACAGUUCCACAACAGUAAAAUCAAGUUCCCCUUGGUGUUCCGCAAGGUGAGACCACCAAGCAGGAAGCUCAAGACCACUUACAAGGCCUCCAAACCCAACUUGUUC